CUCAGGCCCGCGCUGCUGGUAAUGCUGUGGAUGAGUGCCCAUCUGAUGCACUAACACCAAGAGGUGACUAUGGAACUCAAUGUUGUGUGAUUAGUGGCCAUACACUUCCAUUAUUCUUUGAUGGAUUCAAGUGUUAUUACCGUGUGGAGGCCAUCACUGAUGAAGAAAUGAGAACUUUGCCGGAAAUUGUAUUCACCAGUGAUGAGGAGUAUGAGCCUUCUGCCCGCAGUAAAUCUCGACGCUUCCCAGCAGAGGAGAUUGAUUGGAAGCGCACGAUGGCUUUUCCUCCGGAUGAUGUCCUGAAGCACACUCUCGCCGCGACCACUCAACUGGUUCCUACUGUUGAGGCCGAAAGUCGUGAGAUUAUGAGAGACCAUUUGAAAUCCAGACUAACAUGUCUGUGUUAUCGGCGUCGUCGGGACGUUGAUUUUCUCUAUACCUUCAAGGCCAACAUCAAAUCGGUUCGUGGAUUUUUGUACUUUAAUUUAUUUUCAAGUCAGAGGUCCGGAUACGACCACCCCAUUCUGAUGCAGCAAAAGAGUGAAUCCCCGGAAACACUUGAGGCGCAUUUUGACCACUGUGGAACCCCCCACACUUUGAAGUCAGAUAAUGCAAAAGAAUUUCGUUCUACAGCUAGUCCACGUGCAACCACCUCAACACAUGAUAGGUACAUCGAUCACGUUCCUCUUACUUAG